AUGGCCCCUUCCGAGGCAUCGAUUCUGAGUAAUUUUCUCUUGACUCCGGCUUCAUUGCCGACUGUCAUGUCGCUGCAAAAAUUUACCGAGCUGUUUCCGAAACGAUUGCGCUCCCAUCCCCAUGUCAGAGUGCUGUAUCGCGAGUUGCAGCAAUUGCGUGAACAAGACAUGGAUUUAGUCAAUGAAAAUAUCGACAAGGAAAUUGAUCAAGGGGAGAUCCAGAAAGCGGAUCUCCGCAAAGCAAUGAUGGAAGCCGGCGUCGAUGGCUUGAGUGCGGACGAUCAGCGCGAAAUGGACUUGGACAUUCAACUUUUCGGCCAAACGUCGACCGCUGCCCCACGGGAAUAUCAUUCCAUGCCUAGUCUCCUGUCAGCAAUGGAAGCGGCUUGUUCAAGCAUUGAGCAGGACAUUGAAGGCGUGGACAAAGAUGCGAGCAACCUUCUCUCCGAGCUCAAUUCCACGGUCGGCGAAUUGAGCGAUCUUCGUUAUGGGAAGAUGCAGGGCCCUGCUGGGACUACCGGGGAAGAAGUGGUCAAUGAAGCCAUCAAAGGUCUUCGAAAUCUCGAAAAUGCUUGCUACAACAACAAGGCCUAG